AUGAUAGAAAAUUUUAAUGAUUAUGCAGAACGAAAAGUGAAAAAUGAGUUUAAAUAUCUCAAAGAUUCCAUUAUGAUUGAUGAAGUAGGAUUACAUAUAAAUCUUAUUUAUUUGAGAUUAAAAGCAGUCGAGUCUGAGCUAAGAGAUAGAAAGGCAAAAUGUAAGCGUGAAUUACCAGAAUUUGAGACUGAUAAUAGCGAUGCAUUAGAUGAGAUAGAAUCUCGAAGCUUUGCUUCCUCAAAUUGUUCUGAUAUUUUACUCGACGUUGUUGCAGUAAAAAAGAUACAUGAGUCUAAAGACCUCGGCUCUAUCCAUUCUAAACCAAAAAAGAAGCGAAAUAAGAACAAGAGGAAUAAGCACUUAGCAGGUUAG